CUAUUUGGAUGCAUGCUUUUUCCUUCUAAGCCUAAUUUUGCCCUGGAAAGGGAUUUAAAAAUAAACACAAGUACCCAAGAGUUGAACAAUCCUCUUAAAAGGAUGUAGCCAUUCUGAAAUCCAAGACGUGAGCUCUUCAACUACCACCGUCCCUCCAAAAGUUAGGUAAACCAGCCUAGCAAAGUUUCACCUUUAAAAGAUCAAGUAAGGCUCAAUUAUGAAGGAUUCUGGGGAUAUUUAACCUUGCUUCCCCUGCGCGAGUCAGUUAACGUGGGACAAGUACGUGUCACACUUGAAGGUAACACUAAAUCUUUCCCCGGUUGUUUCUUAAACACGGCAGAGAGACUCUGGUUCGGCUUCGCAGGGCUAGAGGAGGGGCUGGAGGCCCGGGGAAGGGUACUCCCGAAAGAAAAAUUCAAUUUAGAGAAGCAGUGAUGAGUCAGUCGCUUAGGAAGAACUGACCGAGAGGGAACCCAAGUAAGGCAGCAUCCCAGGUUCUAAUUACAGGCACCUCUUGACAUAACUUUUUUACUAUCUGGAAAAACACUGGCCAGGAAAAAAAAAUGAUAAAAUUUUUUCUAAUGGUGAAUAAACAAGGACAGACCCGACUUUCUAAAUACUAUGAACAUGUGGAGAUUAAUAAGCGUACACUUCUUGAAACGGAAGUCAUAAAGAGCUGUCUCUCUCGAUCCAGUGAACAAUGCUCUUUCAUUGAGUUUAAGGAUUUCAAGCUGAUAUAUCGACAGUAUGCAGCUCUCUUCAUUGUGGUUGGAGUUAAUGACACAGAGAAUGAGAUGGCAAUUUAUGAAUUUAUCCAUAACUUUGUGGAAGUGUUAGAUGAGUACUUCAGCCGAGUGAGUGAAUUAGAUAUAAUGUUUAAUUUGGACAAAGUACACAUCAUUUUGGAUGAGAUGGUGUUAAAUGGCUGCAUUGUGGAAACAAAUCGGGCAAGAAUUCUUGCCCCUCUACUCAUCCUUGACAAAAUGUCAGAAAGCUGAAUGAUGGCUCUGCCAGACAAGAUCUACUUGUAGAAGUGAGAAUACCAUGGAAUGAAUACCUUUCAACAUCUGUAGCCCAAGAAAUCUGGAAGACUCUGUAUUGCAAAAUGGGGUGUCUUCCAAAAACAAUUUAAAUAGAUGUUUCCCACAGUUCCUAAAUGGAAAACAAAACUGUACAUUAAAAUAUGGUGUACAAAGAAAACUUUUCUCUGAACUAAGAGACAAGUUUUGUUUUCUAGCCAUAAGCAUUUUUCUCCCCACUUGUCCAAAUUUUGUUGCAUUCUGAGGGUAACUUUUUUGUUCUUUGCUUCUCUUUGUACAUUUAAUUCCGGAUUAGCAGCAUGGGAAGAACAUGUGACAACUCAGCCAAUAAAAUUUUAAACACACAUAGUA